GUAUUUUGGCGAGAAAUGAAGAUUUGAUGAGAAAGGACUCUCAUUUCUCAUCAAACUUUUUCUAACCAUCCAAAGAAAGGGGCUGUUAAGGAAGAAUAGGGUGUUCUGAUAGCUUUUGAUAAGGAAUGCACUACUGGUUGGAAGACUCAGAAAGAAAGAAGCUUCUGCUCAAUGAUGAAAUUUAAUUGUGUCCAACCCGUUUGCAAGAACCCCACCUUUCUGGGUUUCUCCUCUUCUUCUUCUUUUCUGUUCAAUACCCAAUCAAAUCCCAAUAGAGAAACCACUCAUUUCAAGUGUUUCAGAAACAGAAGAUAUGGUGGCAAAAGAGGUGGAAUUGUCUGCAGUGGGCUGUUCCCUGUUGACCCAUGGUCACCCACCAUUGAUUCACAGAGCAUUGCUUCACAGCUCUUCGCUUUCUCUCUCUUCCCUUACAUUGGUUUCCUGUACUUCAUCACCAAAUCCAAGUCUGCCCCAAAACUCACCCUCUUUGGAUUCUACUUCUUGCUUGCCUUUGUGGGUGCCACCAUCCCAGCUGGAAUAUACGCAAAGGUAAAGUAUGGCACGUCCUUGUCGAACGUGGAUUGGUUGCACGGUGGGGCGGAGUCACUGCUCACUCUGACAAAUUUGUUUAUUGUGAUGGGGCUAAGGGAAGCUCUUAGGAAAACUAAGGAUGUGAAAUCAGACACUUCCAGUGUCGAAGAAGAGAAGAAUUCAUCCGUAUAGAUGGAGUUCUUGAUGACUACAUUUCAGCAGGUUGACGCAUCUUAUGCGUUUAUCUCGCGCAACUCUAACACCCUGUGGUCAUGUUGGAAUAAUGCUUUGCUGUUUUGUUGGAAGUAGCCAUAGCUCUAAACAGAAUCCCAAGUUGGCUAUUGCUACGCUAUUCUGAUGAAGAAGUUGAAGUUGUACAUGUAGCAUAAGAUUGAUGACUUACAAUUCAGACAUUUGAUUGCUAUUUUUCGAUGUAGUUAUUGGGAACACGAAAAUCUGCAAUCCAAUUCAUAACUACAAAAUUUGGUUAUAAUACAAGGUUCAGUUCCUAUUUUCUA